AUGGAAGAGGUGGUCAGAGCCAUAUCAAACAAGACAGCCGUCUUGGAAGACGAGAUGAAGAAGAAUAGCGCAGAUGCCGAAAAAAAGGCGGCCGCCUGGCAAGGCAAGAUUGAGAAGCUUAACGCAAUUGUCGAAAAGGAAGUGGUUCGGGUAGAUCAUUUGCAGGAGCUUCUGGCAUCAUUAUUAAUGUCAAAAGCACAGCUUCCAUCAUCAUCAUCAUCAUCCAAGAAGCCGUACAACCCUUAUCAAAAAAGGAAGAUAAACGCAAGCAUAAACCAAUCGAUUUCGACCUAUUUCAAGCGUCGUAGACCAGAGAAUAAUAAGGACAGUAAGUUAGAGGACGAUAACUCAGAGGACGGCAGCCCAGAGGAUGACAGCCCAGAGAAAGACAACCCAGAGAACGGCAACCGAGAGAACAAGAAAGAUAACCCAGAGAACGAUAACCCAAGUUCCGAAUAA